AUGACGUCGAGAUCGACCAACGACAAUGUGGUCGAGAUACGAAGAUUGAAUCAAUAUUUCGGAGCUGUCAUAGCGUCUCUCGGCGGUUUCGCGCUCGGUGUCUCGCUCGGUUGGAAUUCCAGCGCCGGUGAGACGAUGAGGAACCACAUGGACGCGACUGGCACUGAAAUUGGACUGGUCGGUGGCAUCCUGAACGCUGGGGCUUGUUUGGGAGCGAUCCUGGUACCGUUCCUUGUCGGACGAGUCGGUAGACCGACGAUCAUGUCCGCGACGAUGCCUAUCUACGCUCUUGGAUGGAUUCUCAUUUGCGUCUCGGGCAUGAAAACCGUCUAUCUCAUAAUUGGGCGAAUAUUGUGCGGCGUGUGCGGCGGGAUGUUUUGCAUUCUGACGCCGUGUUACGUGGCCGAGAUCGCGGACAAAAGAAUCCGCGGACGUCUGCUCGCGUUUUUCCAAAUUUUCCUCAACUGUGGCGUCAUGUACGCGUUCGUCGUCGCCCACGCGAUCGGCAAACAGGAGACCGUGUGGAGGUACGGCUCAAUUUGUGGGAUCGCGUGCUUCUUGAUCGUACCAACGAAAUCGCUACCAGAAAGUCCCCUCUACUAUUUGUCGAAGAACGAUCAGAUCAAUGCAGAAAAGUCCUUGAGAUGGUGUCGCGGCGAUAGUUACAAUAUCCAGGACGAGAUCGACGAAAUGAAACGGUUGAUUCUCAUGACUCGAUCGAAAAAGCUGAGUUUAAAGAUGCUAACGAAUCGUCGAGUUCUUCGAUCCCUGGUGACCUGUUUCGGUGUGACCCUGGGCCAGCAAUUUAGCGGUGUCAAUAUGAUGAUCUUCUACGCUUUGACGCUCUUCAACAUCAUUGGUUCUGGUGAACUGACCGGAAGCGAGCAGACGUUGGUCGUCGGCGCCGUUCAAAUAUUGGCGUCCCUCUUGGCGGCGUUUCUCGUCGACGUACUCGGUCGUCGAGUUCUGCUGACAAUAUCCACUCUGCUCAUGGGAUUGUUUCUGAUACUGUUAGGCUGGUUCUUCAGUUUACGAGACACGGAUCCGGAGUACGACGACAUCUAUUUCUGGAUGUCACCAACCUGGGUCACCCUCUUCUUCGCUGCGUUCAAUCUUGGCUUGGGUCCCAUCUCCUGGUCCCUUCUGGGCGAUGUGCUUCCGUUAGAAGUUAAGGUUUCCGCGGGAGCUGUCGCGGUGGCGUUGGGUUGGCUGGUCGCGUUGAUGUCCACCUUGACAUUCGAAGAAAUGAUCAUUUCCCUUGGCAGCACGAAGGCCAUGUGGCUCACCGCUGGCAUCUGCUGGCUCGUGUCUCUAUUCUGCGCCAUAGUUGCAAAGGACACCGGCGGGAAGAGCCUAACCGAGAUCCAGGAGGACUUUGGCAUCGAAUUUAACAGGGACAUUGAAGAGACUUGA